AUGUCUGCCCAGUACUAUCCCCCUCCCCCCUCGGGAGGUCAACCCCAGCAGAACUAUCCGCCGCCGCCGCAAUCGCCGCCCGCUCACCAGACCCAGUUCUCCUACCCUUCUCCUCCCUCACAACCUCGACACGGCCAUAGUGGAAGCUAUCCUCUGCCACCUCAGCCCUCCCCGGCGCAGUCGCAGAACUAUCCGCCUCCUCCUCAAGCCUCGCAGGCGCAGAGCUACCCUCCCCCCCCCCAGCCGAGCACGCCUCAGAACUACCCACCACCCCCCCAGCCCUCGGCCGGACAGCACGCAAACUAUCAUCCCCCUCAACAGGCAUCUCCAAGCCAGGUGAGGACAUACGCGCCGCCUCCCCAAGCUACGACGUCGCCUGCGCCAUCUCAGCAAUAUCCCCCGCCCCCGGGUCUUCCCCAAGGACAGCCUCAACAGCAGCAGUACCAGCCGCCUCCUCAACAGUCACCGCAGCCAUCCCCGCAGCACCAGCAACACCAACAGACGCAGCUUCCCUUUCGACAGUCAGAACCCCCUGAUUUGCAACCCCAGUUCUCUCCUCCGCCCGAGGCUUCCAGUCUGCCGGAGAAACAGUAUGUCGAGGAAACGCCGGUCGACACGAGCAACCCGUCCAAUCUCGUUGGCGGCGCGCCUCCCACGACGCACUUCAUAGGAGCCACGGCAACCGUCGACGACGUCGGCACCUUCAAUGGUGGGAGCUACCGAAUCAGCCAUCGGGACACCAACACUAUCCUCACAAUCCAGCUGGCCAUGGGCUGCCCCUUGACCGCGAAGCCGGGUGUCAUGGUGGCCAUGUCACACUCGGUGACGCUCAGGGGUCAAAUCAAGUUCAGCAUGAAGAAGCUUGUGGCCGGUGCCGAGAUGGCCAGCUCAACCUUUGUCGGGCCCGGUGAACUUCUUCUGGCCCCGCCUAUGCUCGGCGACGUUACCAGUCUGCGUCUUACGGGCAAGGAGACAUGGUCCGUCGGACACGAUGCGUACCUGGCUUCCACCCAGGGCGUCAUCAAGGACUAUAAGCGCCAAGGUCUCAGCAAGGCGAUUUUCAGUGGAGAGGGUUUGUUUGUGUACAAGAUCAGCGGUACCGGCUUGCUCUGGCUGACCAGUUUUGGCGCCAUCAUCCGGAAAGACCUCAUGGACGGUGAGAAGUACAUCGUUGAUAACGGCCACUUGGUAGCUUGGAACGUCAAGUAUAUCAUGGAGCGAGUCGCUUCUGGAGGUAUCAUCUCUGGCAUAUCAUCAGGCGAGGGCCUGGUCUGCAAGUUCACGGGCCCUGGAACCGUAUUCAUGCAGACGAGGAACGCGAAACACUUUAGUGCCUAUCUUAGUGGGCAGACGAACCAGUCCGUUUAA